AUGUCAGCAAAUACCUGGCCCGGGGCCGACGGCUCCUCCCAGCACUCUGGGCAGCUGUCGCAGAAGGACCUCGUCCUCGAUCAGCAAAUGAUUAAGCACCUUCUCAGCAGAUACGGCCAGGACAAAUUGAACCUUCUUAUUCAGGAAACCACAACCCCUCCCGCAGAGUCGGAUGGCGCGUCAAUUGUGUCGUCGGCGCAGUCAUCUAUCCUGUCAGAUGAUCAGUCGAGCGUGUGGGAUACCCAGAGCAUCAGAACAUUUUCCGAUACCUCGUCCAUCACUGGCAGCAUCAUCUCUAAUGUGUCUCGGGGCACGUCUAAAAUACUGGGCCGACGGAGCGGAAGCAGCAGCGCCGCGGCUGCUGCGCAGGCCCAGGCUGCGCAACAGGCAGCUCAGACGCAGCAGGACUCGGAAUCAUGGAAUGGUAUCGACGUACCCACCUCGUCCAACACAGCAUCCGACGCUGCAUCUGUCUCGACCAGCGCGUCGAAACAAAAAGGGGCUUUUAUGUGCGGCUUUUGCAAGGAGGAGGAUAUCACCAAGACUUGCACGCGGAAAAACGACCUCAAGCGCCAUAUCGAAGACUUCCACAACGUUAAUGCGCAAUGGUUCUGCCGUCAUCGUGGUUGCCAAAUGGUGUUUGAUUGGCAAGGUGCUUACAAGACACAUCUGAAGCAGGCGCACGGCGGCUCAAGGAUGUCGCUUGACGAAGCGAAGGUCAAUCUUUGUCCCCAAGUUGUCUUCGCCUGCGGCUUCGACAACUGCUUGCAAGUAUUCGAGGCUCAAGGCGACUCGGAUGCCAGUGCGACGUUCAAAGAGUACGUUGGCCACGUCGUGAAGCAUUUCGACGAGGGCUCUAAUAGCGGCGACUGGUCUUACUCGGCCAGGAUACGAAACCUCCUCAGGCAAGGCCAAGUGCAAUCGGCUUGGAACGAAUCGAUGUGGAACGAGGCUUCACGAACGUCUCUGCAGUGGAGCCCCCAAACUUCUGGCAUAUUGAGAAAGAGACUUGAAUGCCGGCAUGUUGGAGAUGUGAAACUGCUUGUGCAGUACGCCAUGAUGCUCGGUUCCGAUCCGAGCAGCAUUGGGAAAUUCCGCGAGGAUUUCGUCACACCCGUUGCCGAUACGUGCACCCUGCACAUGCCUGGGCACAAAUCCCGGCAACAGAAUAUCGCUGCUCCUCCUGAGCAACCAGCCGAUCCCUUCUCCUUCAAGAUAUCACGCGGAGCGAAUCCUGCACUCGCUGCCUAUAUGGCCUCUCAACGCAGAGUCUAUGUGCCAAGACAGCAGCGAGUUGUACGGCCGCCGCAGCUACACCACCCACACCAGCAAGUACCGACGUCGAACCCGAUGGCGAGCCACUCGCGGUUAUCACAAUCAUCUCACUCAUCUCACACGAGCCAUCACGGCCACCCACAGGUCCACCAUAACAACCAGAGUCACAGCACACUCGGACAUUUUUUCCAGCCGAUGCCCGAAUCACAGUUGUACGACCCGAACAGCAAUGCCCAAGGUUUUGGGCCCAGCAGCGGCGCAAUGCAUCACAAUGGAAUCAUAGCAGACGAUAUGCAGAGCCUCAGAGGCAUGGCUGGAGGAGCAACCGAGUCGGCAGAUGUUGAGAUGCAGGAUGGCUUAAUGCCGGAUUUCUCUUCGCCGUACGCACAACAUUCGGCAAACCUUACAAGUCCAUCCAUCUCUGGCCACCCUGACGGAUUCUUUCCUCCUGGACAGGCAUACUAA